AGGACCCGGGGAUCAUGACCUGAGCCAAAGGCACUUAACCGACUGAGCCACCCGGGUGCCCCUAGACAGAGCAUUAUGGACAUCACCUAGACCAUUGGUUCCUAGCCUGGCUACUCAUUAGCAUUAUGUGGGAUAAACUAAAGAGCUGAUGCCCCAAACCCCAUCUCCAGAGAUUCCCAUUCCAUUUGUUGGAGGAUUAGGCCUAGACGUUGUUCUUUUGUAGAAGCUCAGCCAGGAUUGAGGAGGAUUCCCCUAGAAUAGAGGUCUUGACUUUGGCAUAUAUUAUAACCACUUGAGGAACUUUGAAAAAUACUGCUAACUGGGUCUGACCCAGGGAUUCUGAUUUAAUUGGUCUGGGACGAGGCUGGGCAUCAGGAUUUCUAAGCGCUCACCAGAGAAUUUAAUGUGCAUCCCAGCAUGAGACCCAGUGCCCCGGACCAACGAUUUCAUUUUGCAGAUGGGAAAACGAAGCCUAGAGGUGGCAAUGUAUUCCAAAGUCACACAGCAAAGGAAUGAGUGCAGAGAACUCCUCUCAUACUGCAGAGCACAAAGCACUCACCUCUUUAUUUGUAUCUCUGAUCCUUUGCUUCCAUUACAGAUAAUCUCAUUUAAUCCUCACAACUUCUGGUGAGGGAGUGGGUAGUCAUUACUUCCACCUUACGGAGGGGAGUAUCAAGGAACAAAAUUGUCCCAAGUGACUUGCCAAGGUAGAGGUAAGAACCUAGAAUGUCCAGUUCCUGGUCCAGCACUCUUCUAACCCCAUGCCAUUAUCAUAUACAGGUUCUAGAAUGAACAGGUCAGUGCUGUGAGGUGGGUUCCAGGUGUAAAGAGGAGGGACUAUGAGGUGACAUUCUAGAAUGGUGGAAAGGGUAGGACAGGAGGCAGACGACUGUUCCCUCACAAAUGGGGGCUUUGGGGCAGCCAUGUCCUAUUUCAUGUCUCCACAAACUCAUCAAGGUCUUCUGCCUUCCAGCCAAGGUGGGGUUGUUUCUCCAGGCUCAUCCCUUGGCCUCUAUAGUCCUAUAGAGCCAGUGGUGGUGGCCUCUAGUGGACUAGGCCCACUGAGCCAGAAAGCUGAGCAGGUGGCACCUGCUGGCCAGGCCUGGGGCCUGGCCCUGGCGGUGCCGGAAGCCAGGGGCUGCCCUGGGGGGACUAGCUGGGAGACACUGCAGCGGAAGGAGUAUGGCCGAUACAACCACAAAUUCCCCCACGCAAGACAGCCGGAGAGCUUGGGCUGGGAGGAUGGCUGCUCCAGAAGCAGAGCUCCCCACCUGGGUGGCCCCGGCACGCCCGGGCCCCUGCUGCUGUGUGGGCUGUCACCAGGGGUUCUACCGACGUCCUCUGAGGCAGGGGGGAAGGAGGCCGGCUCCCAGCCUGACAUCUGCAUCCUCACCCUGGCCAUGAUGAUCGCUGGCAUCCCCACCGUGCCUGUCCCAGGCCUGCGGGAAGAGGACCUGAUCCGGGCGGCUCAAGCUUUCAUGAUGACGCAUCCGGAGCCAGAGGGGGCCAUGGAGGGGGCGCGGUGGGAGCAGGCACGUGCCCACACAGCCUCUGGGCAAGCGCCCCUAAUGAGAUCCAGGAGAGGCCAGCCUCCUGGCUCCUGCUUGUAGCUGGAUGAAAUAGCACCAGACACAUA